AUGCACGAUUCUUAUAGCAAACAAGACGACAAAACAGUAUGUAUCUGGAGUAUACGACAUGAUCAAUAUUCCUUGUUGGAAAACUGUGCAACAUACCCAACCAACAACGUUGAUACAUCACACCAUGCACUAAUCAGCAGCGAUGGACUUUUAUAUUUAAAACCCCGCGCUAAUUUCUGUAAUGGACCUGAAACAAUCAUGAAAUGUCAUCACUCAGGCAGAUAUGGCAUAUGGAUGAUCGGCAAAACGUCAACUGGAUUUGUAUACAUUUUCUUGCAACUACCACCAACAUUUCGAAUUUAUCGACAAGUGGAAUCAAAACAGCAACCGACAAAACCAACCCAAUCUCGUCUACGUCUAUAUCACCAGAAUAUACGUUUGGAUGUAAUUUAUUUGGAAUCGCGGAUGCGUCGACUAAUACGCCUGAACCCUUUCGACCAUUUCGACAACAAAACGACUGCGCCUAUUUUUACCAUUCAAUUCAACGACUUCCAUUCAAUUUACUUUCUGCGUGGCCGGCCGGAUGUUCCUUCCAGAAAAAGGAAAGAUUUGCGUCAAAUGGACAGAUUUUCGACAAAUAGAUAUCUACAUUUGAUCCACCACCCACAGAUGAAACCAAUGAGGUCAAUGGAAUUGGAAUGGAGGAAACCGUAA